AUGAAUUCAAAACUGCAAAAGCCAGAGCUAUCAUGCAUGGAGCCAGAGAAUUAUCGAAAAUAUUUCCGUGCUUUAUGCUGGAUGGCUAAGAGGAAAGUAGAUAAAAAAUCCCAAAAGAGGCCUGGUAAAAAGGAAAAACUGAGGAGAAUAAAAGCUGUGGGUACUGUGAGUUCUUGCAUUUCACCAGUAUUGUUGCGAAACCCAUCACCAUUCACGGUAUAUGCUACAGUACGAAAAUUAGUGCUGUCUCGAUGGCGCCAACUUAGCUCAUCGUACACUGAAGGCUCUGAUGAUAGUGACAAUGAAGGAGCUUCCUGUAGUCAUCAGCCUGUUCCUAAAGUUCCCAAGAUUACUGGCAUCGGUCUGCGCAUGGUUUUUUCUCUUAUAUCUCAAGCAAGAUUCUCAGAUGCGCCAUUUUGUGAGCAUUCACUUAAAGCUUUACUAGACGUUCUGCAAGGACACACGCCUGAAGAAAUGGCUCAUGAGCCUUACGAGAUGAUUUCAAACUUGCACUCCAUGCUCGUUGAAAUUGCUAGUGGCAGCGGGCCCACUGGAAAAACUGAGACACCAACCAGUAUCACUGCCCUGAGUAGUUCUUGCCUCAUAUCGCUGUCAGUCGCUAGGGGCGAGGCAGAACUGAUACUUAAUGCGGUUGCUUCACUUAUCAUGACAUCCCCAACACUGUCAGAACAAUACAUGCAGAUUCCUACUAAUUUGACAACUCUUCAAAGAAGUGUUCAAUCAGUAAUACUUGGGGCUUCGGUGCGCAACCAAUGGAUAAACUUCGGAGUGCCACAUCAGUCCCUCGUAUCUAGUUUUCCAGUCGACUUACCUUCACUAAUGACUUCAGGACCUGGAGAGCUUGUAGUUCGUUCUUUAGCAUCAGAUGGUUGCUUUCUUUACGUGUACACUUCAAAAGGUUUAUUAAAAAUCGGAUCGGGUUACGGCAGUUCUAUCAGACAACAUGUUUAUCUAUACAAACCUGAUUUCUUCGCUGGCGAUCGACAUGGAUGGCUUGGAUAUUGUAAGAACAAAUUGUACGUAAGAAUUGGAAGAAAAAAACCGGAAGUAUAUGAAGUGGACAGAGAAACAUUGGAAGUAAAAGGUGUUCUAAAACUAGAUCCUGGAAAUUCUGGCCCGACGGAAUCUAAAUCAGCUGUAUUUACCGAUGGCAACCAGCUUGGACUCGUUUUGCUUACAGCUUAUGACAAUCUCUCAAUAAAAAUGUAUGAUAUGACCUCUCUACCUGAACGCGUGGAAAACACUCCCAUUACGCUGUCAUCUCGUAAAGAUCUGAACGUGCAUCUACUAAGGCGAAAGACUUUGGCUUUGGGGCGAGCUCCAUUUGAAGAUGGCAUGUCUAGAAGGUCUACAGAGCUAGAUACACCGAUUGCGAUGCAAUUCGAUGAUAACGACGAGGAUCCUCUAAUGAGCAUAUGUGCUGGUCAAGAUUUUGGGCUACUCACUACUGCCACCGGAAAAGUUUAUUAUACCGGCAAGGGAACCAGCCUCGGUUAUAAGGUGGCAUCUCCGCAUACUGGGCGGUGGACUCUCAUGAAAGAAACUUUAUUUAACAGGAAUGAGCCAAACGUAAAGAAGUGCAAAGUUAUUCAGGUAGCGGUAGGCCACGAGGGCGUUCAUGCCAUUUUAGUGCUGGAUAAUGGAAGUGCACUAUUCACUGGAAUCGCGCGACGCGGUGAAGACGGUGACAGCAACAAACAUCGUCGCAACCCAAAACCCACGCGUCCUAGGAAAAUUACUAAGAUCGACGGUCACUUCGUGGUGUACGCGGCCUGUAACUACGGCUCCACUGCCCUGGUCACAAGACAAGGAUUACUGUUUAUGUUCGGGAAGGACACGCAGCAUUGCGACUCCUCGGGAGUUGUCACAGGACUCAGACAUGAGAGAGUGAUUCAGGUUGCUUUAGGUAAAGCUCAUGCUGUGGCUUUGACAAAUCUUGGUCAAGUAUAUACUUUCGGUAUUAACAACAAGAGUCAAUGCGGCCGAGAGUUUGGUUACACUAAGGAGAGGAUGUGUCCACGUCGUACAAACAAAGAUGACGUACGUGUGUGUGAAGGUGCUCAUAAGUGGCUCACGGACUACUGUCGUAUAUGCACAGUUUGUCGACAAUGUACUGGCUUUGCUGCUAACUGCCGCUGCGCUGCGAUGCCAAACCGCGUGCCAGGAGAGACAUGCGGUUGCGGUGAGGGAGAUAGCGGCUGUACCGUUUGUGGCAUAUGUCGCAAAUGUGCUGAGGCUUCUACUUCCACCCGACUUGAGAAGACCGAAAUGUUCGAAGACUUAGACGCAUCUCACUCUGAAGCUAAAAGUGGACAAGAAUUGCCUAUUCGUCAGCGGCCAAGAAGAUUGCCUGUAGCACGUGAAAAGGAAGUGGAAACCAUGAUUGAGGGAAUGGUGAAGGAUGGUGUUAUUGAACCUUCAUCUAGUCCAUGGUGUUCACCUGUGGUGCUGGUAAAGAAGAAGGACGGCAGCAUGCGGUUUUGUGUUGACUAUCGCCGCCUGAACGACAUUACAAAGAAGGACAGCUAUCCCUUGCCAAGAAUUGAUGACACGCUGGAUAUGCUUACAGGCGUAAAGUGGUUUAGUACGCUAGAUCUGAAAAGUGGCUACUGGCAGGUUGAAAUUGACCCUAAGGACAAGGAGAAAACUGCAUUCUCCACAGGAAAGGGUCUGUGGCAAUUCAAAGUCAUGCCGUUUGGAUUGUGCAAUGCUCCAGCAACGUUUGAAAGGUUGAUGGAGCUUGUACUUACCGGGCUAAUUGGAGAUGCUUGUCUGGUCUAUUUGGAUGACAUCAUCAUCGUAGGCCGUACGUUUGAGGAACACCUUCAAAACCUGGAACGCGUGCUCAUGAAGAUCCAGAGUGCCAACCUCAAGUUGAGUCCAAAGAAGUGCUCACUAUUCAAACGGCAAGUUAGUUUUUUGGGGUAUGUAGUGUCGGAAGAAGGUAUCCGCACGGAUCCAGAGAAAAUUGCUGCUGUCAAGGAGUGGCCGGUCCCAAAAGACAAGACACAGGUUAGAGCAUUUUUGGGUUUGUGCUCUUAUUAUCGGCGAUUUGUGAAGAACUUUGCAGAUAUAGCCAAACCUCUGCACAAGCUAACCGAGGAGAAGCGACAAUUCUGCUGGGAUGAAAGUUGCGAUAUUGCAUUCCAGGAGCUCAAGAACCGCCUGUGCAAAACACCUAUUUUGGGGUACCCUGAUGCGGGCAAGGAAUUCAUAGUUGACACAGACGCAAGUGAUAUAGGACUUGGCGGUGUGUUGUCUCAACGGAAUGGUGAUCAAGAGAUUGUGAUAGCGUACUUCAGCAAGUCGUUGUCAAAGCCGGAAAGGAACUAUUGUGUCACAAGACGGGAAUUGCUUGCUGUGGUAAAGUCCUUGCAGCAUUUUAGCAAAUAUCUUCUAGGGCGGAAAUUCCACUUACGAACUGACCAUGCUGCACUGAAAUGGCUAUUGCAGUUCAAAAAUCCGGAAGGACAAGUUGCGAGAUGGAUAGAACUACUGCAGGAAUACGACUUUGUGAUCGAACAUCGCAGCGGGAAAUCUCAUGGCAAUGCAGAUGCAUUGUCAAGAAGACCUUGCCCUGAAGAUUGCAAGCAUUGUACUAGGCAGGAGGGUAAGGAAGUGGUAUCUGUGAGAAUGCUCAGGACAGACCAGCUCAGCAAUGAGUGGAAGGACAGCCUACAACAUGCACAGCAGGAAGAUUCGGACAUUAAGCCGAUUCUGGAAUGGAUGAAGGCCAGUGCUCCUAAGCCCAAGUGGAGCGACGUCUCAGCAAUGAGUUCGACCACGAAAAGCUAUUGGGCCCAAUGGGACAGCUUGCUGAUUCAGGAUGGAGUCCUGUGCCGUAAAUGGGAAAAUGGUCGGGGAGACAGGUGUCAUUUGCAAAUGGUUGUCCCUAAGGCUAAAGUGCCGGAUAUUCUACAGCUGUACCAUAGUGGUUGUUCAGGAGGCCACCUGGGAGUUAAACGAACUCUCCUGAAGAUCCGAGAACGGUUUUACUGGGUCCACUGUCGUGACGAUGUCGAGGACUGGUGCCGCAAAUGUACAAGUUGUGCGGCUGUAAAGGGACCUCAAAUUCGUAGUAGAGGCGCAUUGAAAUUGUACAAUGUUGGUGCACCAUGGGAGAGGAUAGCCAUUGACGUUGCGGGGCCGUUUCCAGAAACUGAAAGUGGUAACAAGUAUUUCAUGGUAGUGAUGGAUUACUUCACUAAGUGGCCAGAAGUCUUCGCCAUUCCAAAUCAAGAAGCUUCAACAGUUGCAGAUAAACUAGUUCAUGAAGUCUUCUGUCGUUUUGGAGUACCUUUAGAAAUUCACAGCGAUCAAGGAAGGAAUUUUGAGUCUCAAAUAUUCCAGGAAACUUGCCGAGUUAUGGGUACUCAGAAAACACGAACAACUUCUUACCACCCACAAUCUGAUGGAAUGGUAGAAAGAUUUAAUCAGACAUUGGAGAGGUACCUAGCAAAAGUUGUGGAAAAACGGCAACGAGACUGGGACAGGCACAUACAACCGUUUUUGUUGUCAUAUCGAAGCGCUGUUCACGAAAGUACAUCAGUGACACCAGCUUUCGCAAACUUUGGGAGAGAAUUGCGGCUGCCUGCAGACCUGAUCACCGGAAUACCACCUGAUGCCCCACGCAGUAUAACCGAUUAUGCAAAUGACUUGCGGAACAAAAUGAAUGACAUUUAUGAGCACGUCAGACAGACGGGCCAGCAAACGUCUGAGAAGAUGAAAACACGGUAUGACCGCAAAAUGAACAACAAGGGCUUUGAUGAAGGUUCACUAGUGUGGUUACACAAUCCAGUUCGCAGCAAAGGGAAAUCUCCUAAGCUUCAAGCUAAAUGGGACGGACCGUACCGGAUUGUGACAAGGAUCAAUGAUGUAACCUACCGGAUACAGAAAGGUGCCAGAGAGCAGAAUCGGCUAACAGACAUAGAUAACUAUAUGACACUGUUCGUAGAUGCAGACUGCGCGAAAGCGUCUGCGUUCGAGGGUCCGUCGAGUAUGUUAGCGAGUGUGGGUGCGGAGUGCGACCGCGAGGCGGGUGCGAAGGUGAGCAGCGUGCCGCCGGCGCGCGUCGCUGUGCCCGGCGGACACCGCGUCGUCGCCGUCGCCUGCGGACUGCACCACUCCGCGCUGCUCACGGAGCACGGCGAGGUAUUGACGUUCGGCUCGAACCAAAUGGGCCAGUUGGGUGCGGGCGAUGUAGCCGCGCACCACCGCAUAGUGCGGGUUCGAGUACCGCGCGCCUCCGCCGUGGCCGCCGGCAGCAAUCAUACUGCCGUACUGACGCGUGACGGCGAACUGUUCACCUUCGGAUGCUACCAGAAAGGUUCUCUCGGCCGACCGCGUAUUGAAGAUCCCGAUCGACCAGAGCGAAGUGGUCUUUGGUACGCAACUCCUGGUCGCGUGGCUCGCCUUGGACAUCGCCACACCUGCAAGGCCGUUUGGGUUUCAGCUUCUGGUGAUCAGACGUUUGUUCAGGUCUCACAGUCUCUCAUCAAAACUGACACGCUUUUCAGUUCGACGAUAACCGCAAAUAACAAUAGUAUUGUGAUUCUCCCUAAUCGGCCAGAGCACACUUUUAAAUGCAUAACAAUUAACAAAGUUGACGGCGCGUGCAACGCAUGGACCAGAUCCGAGCAAGUAGAUUUUGUGAACACACUUACCUGUCUUGAUCCGCUUUACGACGUGCUUUGGUGCUAUCAGCCUCAGAUGCGAGUCAUGAAGUGUUACAAUAUUUUGGCAUUUAAUGCCAAUAAGCUGCAGCGUUGCUUCAACGACCCUGACUUUAACAUCGACCCAGACUUCGAAUACCCAAACUACGGAAUCAUGCGGAGGCUGGAUGAAUUCAAAGAUCUUGAGACUUUUGAGACGUGUCACAGUAAAGAAGAAAGGGCUCCAGAGAAUCUUGCGCUCACCAAUAUGUCUGUGCUUAAUCAAGAUCUAGCAAUUCCAUAUGUGCCAGAAUGUUCUGUAACCAGAAUGCAUGCUGCUCUACAUUUGCUGGGCUGUCUGGAUUCUCUCACUUAUGCUCAUGAUAAUAAUAUAACUGUGACAGAAUGCAAGCAAGAGAGCAGCACUGCUCCCGUUGCACCUGUCAUGGAAGACUUUCUGACUGUCAAUCGCUUCGAAAGCCAUGGUGGAGGCUGGGGAUACUCUGGACAAUCCGUGGAGGCAAUAAGGUUUAUGUGCGACACUGACGUUGUACUGGGCGGGUACGGUUUAUUCGGUGGGCGCGGUGAUUACACAGCUAAGAUCAAAUUGUUCGACAUCGGACCAGACGGCGGCGACCAGGAAGGCGAUGGGGAUUUGCUUGCAGAGAGUGAAGAAAUUGUAUACGAAUGCGCCCCAAGAGAUAGAUUUCCAGUGUUGUUCGACAAUCCUGUGUCUCUUACGGCUAAUAGAUGGUACGUAGCUUGGGCUUGCGUUAACGGACCUUCAUCGGACUGCGGUUCUUCCGGGCAAGCGAUGGUCAUCAAUGAUGAGGUUGGCUUUCACUUCAAGACUUCCAAAAAGUCCAACAAUGGUACGGACGUAAAUGCCGGUCAGAUCCCCUGCCUGCUUUACAACGUUGUGAGCACCGACCACGCUUUACCAAUACGAGCCGUCGAAGUUUAUGAACCAGUAAUACUGCUCUCAAAGAAUGUCUCUCGAAAGGUCACCGUCACCUGUUUCAAAUCCCUUAUAACCCUGAUGCAGUGGAGCUGGAAAUCUUUUAGAGACACCAUCAUUGAGACUAACGGCUUAGUGCCAAUAAAUUAUCAGAAAUUGACCAUGAUGAAACAUCAGAAGCGACUCGUAUACGUCAUCAGAGCUUGUCUGAGACUUGUGAAAUCUUAUAUUAAUGAGAUAUACCCACAGAACAACAAGAGAAGAAAUUCACAUGAGUAUAUGUCUUACUUCGAAGCGAUCGGAGAUGUACGCAACUUCAUCCAGCAAAUAUUGGCCGAGCCAACACCAACCUGCGCCAUGUUGCCCCGUAGACCUGGAAAAUCGAAAGUUCACAGAGUUUGCCUUGUUCAAUUCGCAUUAGAGUUGACGAACUCGAUUCUGAAAGAAGCACACGAUACUGUCACUUCAUGUUUCCACGCGUUUUUCCCAACGCCUACGCUGAAGUGGAACUAUCUUUGUUCGUUGCUGUUUCAUGUCAGGGAUGGUAAAGUGCCAACAGCUUACGUUCGUGAGUUAACAUCCACUUGCGCGGCUAUGUGCGCCUCCCGUAGUUUAUUGGACGUACUCCAGUACAUCGUGCCGGUGACACAAAGUUGUUUGAUAGCCGAAGAAGGGCGUCGUGCUGACCGUCCCGAUUCCAAGGUGCUAAAGGAUGUACCAUCCAAAUCUGCCACGGUACCUCGAUCGUCGCACCCUCUGAAGCCUCCGCCUAUUCCACCAAGAACAAAUAACAGGGAAUUGCAGAGGCUGCAAGACCCGUCAAAUACAAGAUCGAACCACACUGACUGGCACUUAAUGGAUGUGGUGCCUCGGCUUUUGGAUAUUAUAUUGAUUCCUAUUAAACAACAGAUGAUGACACGUCAAUGCGGCAAACCACACGAUCACGGCGAAAUUGCGCAACAAGAUCGCCUUUCAGAAUUCUGUUGCAAGCUUGUGGCUAGAAUUGUGGCUGAGCUUUCUUAUAGUACUACAGAGAUACGGGAGGAUCCAGACUCGAAAUCCGUGAAACAUUUGAUUACACCGUCUCGCUUCAUACGCGUGAAUCAGUCCCGUGCGUGGAAUACGGGCAAUGGCAGUCCCGAUGCGAUCUGUUUCACAGUGGACCGGCCUGGGAUAAUGUUGGUGGGCGCUUGCGUUUACGGCGGCCUUGGAUACUACGAGUACACGCUCGAGCUACUUCAUGAUAUUCGCACCAACACGGAGGAACCGAAGCCAUCACACUGUUGGAUCAGCGUUGAGGUUAUCCACGGAACGUUCGCCGGCGCAGACUGCCAGCACGACAUGGUGCCAAUCAAGUUUGAACGACCAGCGCUUUUGAAGGAGGAGUAUCGAUACGCGCUCAGGUUGUGUAACCAUGGCGGACGCACGGUCAACGGCGACUGUGGACUGCCGUCAGUAAAAGGCCCCGAUGGUACUACCUUUCACUUCGCUUCCUGCUCGCUUAGCUUCAACGGUUCUACACUGGCGAGGGGACAGAUACCUUGUCUCAUUUACUAUGGGACAAAUUCGUUGACGAACGCACCCGAAAGUUCGGACGCCAUAGCGUCUACUCUGCGCUCUAUGACACUUCGUGUUUCUUCGAUGGUAUUGGAGCGCGAAACUGAACUGCUCUGUUCGUUACGGAACGAGCUGACUGAGGAGGACCUACGUCGGAAUGCAGCUGUACUACAGAACUCGCCCGCGGUCAAUACACUGCUUCCGUACACGCUCGCUAACCUCGAAGGCCUCGAUGACGCUAAGACGGCAGUCAAACUGUUGGAGAUGAUUCACAAGAUACUACCCCACGUGACUGCAAUAAAUCUGUUGCUCCCAACCGCUGAGGAACCAAUUACCAACAAUACUCACUACUACACAUGGGUGGAGAGUGACCAUCCAUACAAGCAGGCUACUGUCACCAAUAUGAGAGUUCUUUUCCCAUCAACGGUGUCAUGGGUUGUUUUGGAAAUGGAUCCUCGCAGCAUCACGGCACAACCUGAAGACACGUUGACUAUAUUUGCCGCCGCUGGUACCCCUAAACAGAAGUGUCAAUGUACGCGAGAAACUCGCAUCUCUGAGUCGCCCUUCCGCAAGCGCCUCGUCCAACUAACGUCGGAAGAAGGUGAACCUGAAGAACUAAGUGAUGAAGGGGAUUCAGAAUCCACUUGCACUCACCAUAACAGAUCCUACAUAAGCGUUCUGCCGCGAUUAGCUAAUGUGAUUUCUGAAUACCCACAAAACGCAUUUGUCGUACCGGGAAAUGAGGUUAUAUUUUCACUGGAGACAGCCUCUGAUUACCUGAGCGAUUACAGCAAAACUGAUAACCGUUACGGAUUCCGUUGUCUUUGUGUGGGCUAUGAGGACUCGCCGUUCACGACACAACGUCAGGGUCUCCACUUGUUGGAGAUGGAACUGGUGUACGCCGGCGCAGCUUGCGCUUCGCGGCUCUUGGCACCCGACUUAGAAUUGCCAUCAAUGUCCUUAAUGACCCUCACUGACAUUCAAAUCCUGACGAUGUGGGGAAAUCCGCAAGAAGGCGACCCUCCUGUAGACAACACCGAGCUAUAUUUUAUUCAUCGUGGCUUGGAGCUAUCCUCGCCACCCACAAUACACCAAGUGUUGGAUGGACAGUCACUGCCGAGGUAA